GCUUGCACCCGACCCCCCCGGACCCGUACCAUGACCACCACGCGCGUCCUCGGAGACUGAGACACAGUGAGGCGCGUGGUGACAAGCAAGCAUGUCAGAGGCACAAACUUUGGAGUUGAACUCGAUGCAGCUUCCCUCCGAGGAGGAGGAGGAGGAAGAGACGAACGGGGAGCCUGGUAAUGAUGUGUGGGGGCGUCUAUUCCCCGUGGCUAAAGGCUUCGUUCAACAGGAUUUGGUGAAGGAUGAAUAUGUCUUUGGGCGAGGCGAGGAUUGCGACUAUUCCUUUGAACAGAGCGGCGGGAAGGCCAACACUCACUUCCUUGCAUUCAGCAAGAUACAUUUUAGGCUCUACAGAGAGAUAGACAAGUUGAAUCCCAAGAAGUAUGUGGUGUUUGUGGAGGACCGAAGCUCUAAUGGGACAUUUGUAGGGGGAGAGAAGAUAGGGAAAAACAAGACCAGAGUUCUGAACAGCGACGACGAGAUUUCUCUCGCCCUCAAGACAAACAAAGUCUUCAUCUUCCACGACAGAGGUUCCUCAGAGUCUCGGACAGAUGCCCUGCCCCCUGAGUUCAGGCAACACUACACCGUCUCCAAACUACUGGGAAGAGGGGCAUGUGGAGAGGUGAAACUGGUUUUUGAGAAGGAGACGUGCAAGAAAUAUGCAGUCAAGAUCAUCAGCAAAAAGGCCUUCUCUGUCGGGCCGAAACUGAAUCGAGCUGCAAUCGAAGAGGUGAAAAUCCUAAAAGAACUGCACCACCCAUGUAUUAUCCAGAUUGAAGACGUUUUUGAUGGACCAGACGCCCUCUACAUUGUACUGGAACUUGUGGAAGGAGGCGAGCUGUUUGACAGAGUCGUGUCCGUCGGGAAAUUCUCUGAGUCUGUGGGAAAGUUUCUCUUCUACCAAAUCCUGGGCGCCGUCAAUUACCUACAUGAGAGGAACAUCACUCACAGAGACCUGAAGCCAGAGAACAUUCUAUUAGCGACUGACGAGCAGGAGACGCUGAUUAAAGUGACUGACUUUGGUCUAUCCAAGUUUGUCGGGGAGGCGUCCCUGAUGAGGACCCUGUGUGGAACUCCCAGCUACCUGGCUCCGGAGAUCCUGGAGUCUGCCGGACUCGGGGGGUACAGCAAGGCUGUCGACUGCUGGAGUCUAGGGGUUAUUCUCUAUAUCAUGUUGGGAGGGUACCCCCCGUUCUCAGACGAGAUCAAAGAAUACACUCUACAGGAGCAGAUCUGCCAGGCCAAGUACUCCUUCUCCCCCGAAUACUGGAAGGAUGUCUCCUCAGAUGCCAUAGACCUGAUUCGCAAGCUGCUGACACUGAAUCCAAAAGAGCGUAUUUCGAUGGCCGAUGCACUCAGGCAUCCCUGGUUGAAGGACGAUGAUGUAAUCAGUCGAGCGAGACAGCUGAUGGAGAGUUCCCCAACCACACCCACAAUGCCUCCCCCUCCUCCUCCUCCAAAACUAAGUCGAAAGAGGGGUGCCCCAUCUAGUGAGGACGACCCAUCGGCGGAUGGGUCACCGUGCCCACUGGCCAAACGUGUUUCCGUGGAGACGCCCUCCCCGACCUCUGAAAAUCCGCCCGACACUCCCCUCAUCUCCAGGAGUGACAGAAGUCCCCCCAUAUCCAAGAGGACGCGAGCUAGCACGGGCUCAGCAACCACCACAUCACCUUCCAGUCCCACCACUACCAACAACAGUUGAUGGCCAUCCUGCUAGACCUCGCAGUCUGCGUGUCCUGUAGGACAGGGUUUUAUUUACAUUUGUCCUGAUCCCCCAUGCCUGUCUUGUAGUAUUGUUUUGCUGGUAUAUCACCAUGCCUACAAGACACGGAAUCUAGAGAUCAUUAUUCACAACGAGAUUCAUUCACACAGUCAUUGAGAUUUUGAUUCACAUAAAUUAUUGAGUUGUUAAAGUUUUGAUGUUGGAUUUUCAUCAAGUUGACCCAAUAUGGCACCUAGUUGGGAGGUCAGCAGAACCAGUUUUUCUUGUCGGUCCACUUUUACCAGUCGGUCUCUCCCCUCCACCUCGCUCUCAGGCUGUCGGAUGAGGCCCAGUUGAGUCAGGGAGGAGAGGGUGUUCCUGAUGAGGUCCAACGAGAGGAGGUCAUGUGACCUCACCACCCCUGCACAUGAUCCCCCAACACACACCUCACUAUACUGUUAUUACCCAGAUCAACAUGAUUUUACCUGAGGUAAUGCACUUUAUACCCAGUCUCUGUGCAUUCCUAAUAGUGGUAGACAGUGACUGAACUCCUCCACUGAAACUCAGCAGAUGCUGACACACCACCCACACUCCCUCUACAAAUGGUUGCAAGAGGCUCUGUAGAAAGUCAAACUCUCCUUCUCUCCGAUCGUUGAGACUAAUGGAGUCCUCUUCACGAGACGACAGAAUGAGGUAGCCCCUGUCCACCAAACUCAUUAGAGUUGACGUGAACAAUUCUCUAGGGGAUGACAGUGGUAGUACAAACUCCCUGGUCAGUGCACAGUGCAGCGUUUCAAACCUCUUUAGAGCAGCAUUCUGUGUGCAGGGAAGACAGCUAGAGACACUAAGAGCCAUCAUGGCCUCAGCCACAAAGAGGUGGAUGAGUUGGUUGCGAUAGUGCGAGAGGAGAAUUCUCGAGAAGGCCACAUCCAGAGCUGACUGAAUCUCGUCUGCCGAUAUCUCCAUCCGCACCGACUCCUUUAUCGUGAGACCCCGAGGGGCGGGGGGCAUGGCAAAUUGGAGGGGUCUGAUCACAUCCGAGGAGUCAGAAUCUUCCAGUGAACUGGAUAAUGUCUUCAGAGCAAAGUCGAGAUUCUGCCCUGCGUCU